AUGGUGGACGCGAUGAGCGCGUUGCAGUCGACCGGGUGUGGUCGUUCUGCAAUUGACCUCAUAGUGGCUCGUGUCAUUUCGUCAUCAGUGGUUGGCCAGCCGGUCGGCUACACAGCAUGGCACGUGUGCGUGCUGUAUACGUUUCAUUCCCCGGUGGCCGUCUAUCCUUCGGUGUCAGAAGGUGAGGUGCGGAAGCAGACGGCAUGA